AUGCCCGUUCUCCGCGUCAGGUCGCAGCGCUUGCCUCCGCCCGGAGGGGAAGAAGGGAUUCGGACUCCCUCGCCUUACAAGUUCAAAAGUCCACUCACCAUGUCGAACAUGAUACCAGAGCUCCCAGACAUGCCCGAUAUUGGGGCCGACGACAGUUUCCGGCUCGUCAUCAAGAAGCUUUCCUUAUAUAUCGCCGAGAACAUUCGGUUGCCGUCAACGUUCGAGCAACUCCGUACUACGGCUGCUGGAGACUGUUUGCGGCAUCUUGUCGACCAUUUGGUCCUCAACUGCGACCAUCCAGCCAUUGUGAAUGCUUUGCUCGCACUAAAAUGGCACUAUGGCGCUAUCACUGAGGAUAAGGGCCUGAAUGAUGCCAGAGCCAGCGGUUGCGAGAUUGCUGCUUGGCGUCUUCUCACUCACCUUUCUGAGCGAGAGGCUGUUGACUAUUGUCUGUACGAAAUCCCAGAUCCAGCACUGGAGACUAACCAUCAGAACGAUGAGGAGGAGACAUCGCAAGCCAAUGAGCAUAGUCCUCUCAUUGCGCGAGCAUGGACCGAGUCCAUGGCAAACCCAAGACGAAAGCAUGAGUUGCCCAACAAUCCGACGGGUAACAGCCGGAGGAACCUCUUGCUCCAGUCUCUCACACGCCUCACCAUGAGUAUGGCUGGCGAGGCCGAUAGCGAUGACGAGGAAGAGGAUGACCCGACCGCCCCAUUUAUCAACUUGAACGCCUUGGAGAUUGCCGCUAUUGCAGAUGCGAAACGAUUCCUUAGUCAGAAUGUCGUUCAGAAGAUCAUCACCGGUAUUUGGAACGGCGAUAUUGUAUUCUGGGACAACUUAUCCGUUCACACAGAAAAGAAACCACGGUUCUAUAACCCACAUACAGCCGACCCGUUUUCUCGCCUUCGGGUUCCCAAAUAUCUCAAGUCAUUUGAGGUUGUAUUCUUUGCCAGUUUCCUGUUUCUCUACUACGCUGUCCUCGUGGAACGACAUCCGACCCGAAUCACGCCUCUCGAAAUCUUCCUUUACCUGUGGCUGGCUGCCUUUUCUUACGACGAGUUGAGCGAAUGGAUCGAUGCCGGUUCCAUCUUCUACGCUGCUGAUAUUUGGAACAUCUUCGAUAUGGCAAUCAUGGCUAUUGGCUUCACGUAUAUGGUGCUGCGAAUCAUUGGCCUUAGAACGCAAAAUGAAGAGCUGAUAGACCUGGCAUUCGACGUACUGGCACUCGAAGCUCUGUUCAUGGUCCCUCGUGUCUGCUCCAUCCUCAGCUUGAGUCCGUACUGGGGCACUCUAAUCCCUUGCCUCAAGGAGAUGGCAAAGGACUUUGUCAAGUUCAUGGUUCUGGUCGUCAUCAUCUAUCUCGGCUUCCUCACGACCUUCUCCCUGGUCGGGCGCGACUCGUUCCCGCUGAGAGACAUGACGUGGUUCCUGACCAAGAUUUUCUUCGGCUCGACCUUUGUAGGAUUCGAUAUCAUGCGCAAGAUCGAUCCUGUCUUCGGGCCGCCACUCAUGAUCCUCUUCGUCAUGCUCAGCUCCAUCUUGCUGAUGGGCUCCCUUACCGGCAUGCUCUCCAACAGCUUCUCGCGCGUCAUCACGCACGCCCGGGAGGAGUACCUCUUUGUUUACAGUAUCUACGUGCUCGAAGCGUCGACUAGCAACCGGCUCACGCACUUUUACCCGCCCUUCAAUCUGCUGGCCCUCGUCAUCUUCCGACCACUCCGCCUUUUCUUGCCUUCCGACGAUAAGUUCCGUCGGGCUCGCAUCAUCCUUCUCAAGGCGACUCACCUGCCCAUCGUCUUCAUCAUCGCCAUUUACGAGUGGAUUAGGGGAACCUCGUUGAAGGGCGCCACAUACAGCGCCGUCAAGGCACCGCCGCACGGGGCGCCCAUUGCCAGCCCGGCGAUGAUGAGGAAGCUUGCGGGUCCGCGACGCGAGAUGCGUGGCCGUAGGUCGGUCACGUCUCUGCAGAGCGAUCACCAGGCGGCGCAGGGCCGGCCCGGCAUGUCGUCGAUGGAGCGGCGCAUUUCUGUCAACCAGGCGCGGCAGGCCGAGGAAGCUCAGGAGGAUGCAACUUAUACGGAGCGGGCGACGGAUGUUGAGGUGCGGAUCGCAGAUCUGGCUGCCAAGAUUGACCGGUUGACGGAACUCGUGAUUGCCAUGCAGACGCAGCAGUCUACAACAUUGGGAGACGUUUCGCUGUCUUAG